AGGGUCGUUCUUUGACGACGGGAUGUUUUUCUUGACCAAGGGCAGCGUGCGUGCGCCCGCCUCUUUCCCCGCUUGGGGCUGCAAAAACGCGGGAGGGGCGGAAGAGGGGCUGCUCUACCCCGCUCUUACGCAGAGCCCAGCCUCCGCAGAGGGCGGGGCCCAGGGAGCCCGGCCCCUCGGCGGUGCCCGGCCCGGCGCCAAUCGGGGAGGAGCCCACCUUCCGUCAGGCUCUUCUUCCCCAGCGUCCCUGGCGCCGCCCUUCCCAGCCAAGAUGGCGGCGCCCACGGUGAGGCGAGUGGGGUGCCGCCGGGCCGCGGGUCUCUGCGGGGUCCUCUCCCGGCGGAUCCAUCGCCAGCCGCUGCGGGCUCCGGCCGCCACGAGGCUGCUGGCGGCGCAGGGCGAGCGGGGCCUGUUCCAGGCGGUGUUCCCGGCGCAGGGCGCGGAGGAAGGGCUGCCCGCCCUGCUGGAGCCGGGCCAGCCCCCGCAGACCGUUUACUGCGGCUUCGACGCCACGGCCGACUCGCUGCACGUCGGCCACCUGCUCGCCGUCAUGGGCCUGCUGCACUUUCAGCGCGCGGGGCACAACGUCAUCGCCGUGGUGGGCGGGGCCACCGCCCGCCUGGGCGACCCCAGCGGCCGCACCAAGGAGCGCGAGCCGCUGUCGGAGGAGCUCGCGCGGGCGCACGCGCUGGGCCUGCGCGGGGGGCUGCGGAGGCUCUUCGAGCACCAUCGCCUGCUGUUCUGGCCCGCGGCGGGCGGCGCGCGGUUGGGCGAGGCGAUGCUGCAGGACAACGCGUGGUGGCUGGGGCGCGAGCCGGUGGUGGGCUUCCUGUGCGGGGUCGGGGGGCGCCUGCGCAUGGGCACCCUGCUCAGCAGGCAGAGCUGCCAGGCGCGGCUCCGCAGCGCCGAGGGCAUGAGCCUGGCCGAGUUCCUCUACCCGGCCCUGCAGGCCUACGACUUCCUGCACCUGCACCGACACCACGGCUGUCGCAUCCAGCUCGGGGGAGCCGACCAGAUGGGCAACAUCAUGUCCGGACAUGAGCUCGUCACCAAAGUGACGGGAGAAGAUGUGUUUGGAAUCACUGUGCCUCUUAUUACCAGUACCACGGGAGAUAAAUUGGGAAAGUCUGCUGGUAAUGCAGUUUGGCUAAACAGAGAUAGGACCUCUCCAUUUGAGCUGUAUCAGUUUUUUGUUCGACAGCCAGAUAGCACUGUUGAAAGGUACCUGAAACUCUUCACUUUCCUUCCUCUUCCGGAGAUUGAGCACAUGAUGGAAAUGCAUGCUAAAGAACCUGAAAAGUGGGGACCUCAAAAACGACUUGCUGCAGAAGUAACUAAGCUUGUUCAUGGAAAAGAAGGUCUGGAAUCUGCUAAAAGAUGUACGAAAGCACUGUAUUACAGCAAUGUGGAGGCACUGGAGGCUAUGUCUGAUCAAGAAUUACAGGAACUUUUCAGAGAAGCUCCAUUUGCUGAAUUGAUGCUUGAACCUGGAAUGAGUGUACUUGACCUGUGUCACAAAGCAAAUGCCAUUCCAGAUGGACCGAGUGGGUACCGGAAGAUUACAGAGGGUGCAGUCUCUAUAAACUACAUUCAAGUAACUAAUCCUGAAACUGUUCUGGUCAUUGGGCAACAUAUCCUCAAGAAUGGAGUGUCACUACUUAGGAUUGGAAAGAAAAACUUCUACAUUAUAAAAUGGUUGCAGCUGUGACAAAAGGAGAUACCAAAUUAAAACAUACUGUCACACUAAA